CUAUUUAUUAUUUAGCAUGUGUGUGUUAUAAUAACAGCAUAUACAUUUUUAAUAUUUGCAAAAGCAUCAUAUGCGUUUUAGGUGAUAUGGCCCAUAUGGAAGACAAAGUUUCUUUAAAAACAGAUAGCGAUGGCAACAUAAAAAUGGGCAAAGUGAAGGAACUUUUGAAAAAUGAGUGUUUAGAGACGAUACAAAAAGUAUUGACAGAACUGAAGAUAGAUGAGAGUAACAAAAUAUUCCUUGGAAUUCUGGAAAAAUUGUUUAAAAUUGAUAAACGCUCCGAAGAUUUAAAUUUCCAAAGGUUGGACAUAAUUAUUAUGUUCUUGCAGAUGUUGGAAAAUAGCUCUUUUGACAAUUAUGUUGAUGAGUUUCACGAUUUUGAUAAGCACCUCCUGUCAAGGGAGUUGAGAAAAGUUACUGUCGAAGCUGCAGAAAUAAAAGAGUAUUUUGUUCUAGGCGAGGGAGACUUUGGGAUGGUGCUGUUGGGUCAAAUAGGCAAUUCGCUUGUUGCAGUGAAAGAAGCGAAAAACACAAAUGCCAGUGAGGCACUGCUACACGAAGCCAAAAUCAUGGCGGGACUGGACCAUAAAAAUGUUGUUAAGUUAGUGGGAUUUCAGAAGAGUCCCAUGAGAAUCGUAAUGGAACAUGUGCAGGGAGGCAAUCUCAAGGCGGCCAUUGAAAACCAUUUUAUCAGUAGUGCAGACAUCUUAAAAGCAUUACACGAUGUUUCUACCGGUAUGGAGUAUCUCUCGGGCAAAAAUAUCAUCCACAACGAUCUAGAUGGUAACAACAUUUUCGUAGAUUCUAAAAAAGUGUGUAAAAUUGGAGACUUUGGCUAUGCAAAGUACGUGGGGUACAGCCCGAAAUUGGAGUUCAAGGGACCUCUGCAGGUUCUCUUCCUCACGCCACCCGACACCAUGGUAACCCAGAUAUUCACGACAAAAAGUGAUGUCUGGUCAUUCGGCAUACUAGCCUUGGACUUGUAUGAGGUUGCAGAAAAUUUAUGUUUGGAUGCGGUUCGGAAAAAGUUCCUGAAUUCAAUAAAAGACUUUUUUGCGAAAGGAAUGCCUGGUUAUCCACCCCCAAAACCGUGUCCGGUGAGCCUGUUCAAGUACGUAACGGAAGAAGUUUUAAAUUUAGACCCUUGCCAGAGACCAACGUUUAGUUCCGUCAAGGAAAAAAUUGGUGGAAUGUUGUCCAUUAAAUCAAAAUAAUUAUA